AUGGCACAGCUAAUAAGCUCUGACGCUUAUCCAACUGUCUUUACCAUCAGACUCCACCACACCAAGAUGUCAUUCACAGCAACCUUUCGGACAAAAUUGUUCCCGGGCCGCACCCAGAAGACUGAAUGCAGCUGUUCCCGUCUUAGUCGACUCUGGAUAGGUUCAGAUCAUCUUGAGGACGCAUCGUCACGCAAACAUCUCCUGCCGGAAGCCCCUCACAAAACCACAGUGUUGACAUUCAUCUUUCGAUCAGAAGCGAACAAACAAGAAGCAACAGGCAUCUGCUCCAGCGCGCAGAAGCCAUCCGACUCUGAAGCCUUCAGAAGUCGCAUGCUUAAAAUGUUGACCGGAUUGGCCGCUGUGUGCGAAGCAGAGCAUCUUUUCGGGCAAAGCAAACCACGGCCAACCCUCAAAUCUCUCCUUCGUCCCUUCAGGACCAGCAAUCUAGACAGAAAGUCUGUCAGUGAGGAGGUCAGGGCCAAGAUGCUCAGCCCGUUGACUCCCAGCGCACUCCAGGGACAAGGUCUCGGCUACAUCUACAUUCUGCGGUCGCAAAUGGACCUGAGUACAGUGUCGGUGUUGAAGAUUGGUUUCUCCAAAUAUCAUCCUGAGCACCGUGCGCAUGAGCUGGCGAGCUGCAUUCCGGUGACUGAGGUUGUGGCUCACACGCCGUUGCUCCCUCAUGCGAUGCGUGUCGAGGCCCUGAUCCAUGCCGAGCUCGUUGCCAAACGAAAGAUCUUGGCAUGCAGUCAGUGCGGACACGAUCACAGAGAGUGGUUUGAGAUCUCACAUGCCGAAUCUCGGGAGGCCGUCAUCAAGUGGAGCAAAUGGAUCCUGGGCCAGCCCUAUCUCGAAGGCAAUCUGUCUGAUGAAUGGCAAGCCUACUUGCGACAGCAAGACUUCAGCACUGUUGACACUGAAACAAGCGUUUCCAGGCAGUGGAUGAAGAUCCUGAACAAUUUCCCCCGUGCUGUCGCCUCUGUCUCUCAGCAAACACAGCUGGCAACCCAUAGAGCUCUCGGCCUAAAAGCAGGACGCGGGGCCAGCAUUCGUGAGGCAUUCCAACGCAGCACGAAUGGCGGUCCCCUCGACAUAAAGGAUUUCAUGAUGUCAUCAGAUGACUUUGAUUCCUUUUCAUCCAAAUUCCCAGCUGUUUUCGACGUCGAAAUUGGAACCGAGUGUGAGCAGGAGUCCCUUAAUGCACGAGAAGCAUACCUAUUCGAAGAGAUGGAAUACCUCAAAAACCUACAGACCGGCAGCAAGUCGGUCAGUGACCCAGUUCUUGGGACAACCGAGUCGCCAAUGGGUGACGCAACCCUGUUGCCGGUUGUGUCUCUGGAAGCCGUGAGGCAGAUGGAUGCACCAGCGAAAAGCUGGUUUGGGUACACGCCGACACACGAAGGUUUUCAGCUCCUUCAAGAGGCGUAUCAGAGAGGUGAAUGGAUUGGGAAUUGUCCGCAGUUCAAGCUGCCAAAGGCUUUCCGCAAGGCAAACACCAAGAAAGAUGGAAGACCCCAAACGAGCACUGGCAAAACGUCUGGCGGAUCACGCCGCAGUGAAGGCCGGUUUGUUCGAUCUGCAACCUCUGAUACGUGGGAAUUCACUUCUGUACUCGAUGGAGACUUCAUUAAAAGAACGCAAGAGGUGAUGGAAGUUAUGAAGACGCCGCUUGGCAAAGCUCUGGUGGAGAAAGAAGCACAGCGGACAUUUCGACGUUGUGGACUCAACUUUUCUGGCAGAUACGAGGCCGAGUCAUCGUCAGAUAGCAGUGACAGUGACUCCGAUGAGAUGGGCAUUGAUGAGAUGAACAUCGACGAGCCAGAAGAAGCCCAACCAGGAGCCCAUACCCGGACUAGAGGAUCGACUGGUGAAGGGUCACUCGGUCGUGCAAGUUCACAACGGAAAGAUUGCCCUGACGUCGGGUUGAACAUCUCGAAAGAUCAGGCAAAACGGUGGCUGGAUUUGUUCUAA